UGCGUCCAGCAGUGAUGUAGCUUUCGCUCUGCUCUUCCUUAUCAACGCUCUGUAACAAAGGUUGACUUCUUUUUAUUCCCGCUCUGGUUGGCGAGUGUGAUUUGCUUGUCGCAUUAGAAGGGGAUGGAUUAUUUUGACGGUUCUACUAAACAUCUGGCCCGUCUUUAUUUGUAAAUUAAGCAAAAUCUUCGGAGCGCGUUUGUGUUUUUGGACACAUUAGGAUUCAAGAUUGCGCUGGUGUUUAUACCACAGAAGAAAAUGCUACCUGACAAUGUGACCGUCUUAAGAUGUUCUAAAGUGCAGUUAAGACUUCCACAAGUCAAUUGAAAAUAAUUUUGAACUGGAUACUAAAAAUGCUGAAGCAGAAAGUUAUGAAAAGCAUCCCCAUUAAGAUGAUGAACUUCCCCACCUACUAAUGUUGACUUCGAAUGUCACCCUUCAACUUCCAGACAUCGCUAUGAUUGCGCAUCUGGGCCGGAGAUGCCCUACGAUGUAGACUGCUCGGAGACCUAAGCAACAUUUUGGAAGCAACGUUCCCGGCACAUUACCAUCUCGACCAAUGCCGGUGAGGAAAGGGCUGCUAGCACCCCAGAACAACUUCCUAGACACCAUUGCCACGAGAUUCGAUGGAUCGCACAGCAACUUUGUGCUCGGCAAUGCUCAAGUGCCUCAUUUGUACCCCAUCGUAUACUGCUCGGACGGUUUUUGCGAUCUGACAGGUUUCCCUCGGGCGCAGAUCAUGCAGAAGGGUUCCGCCUGCACCUUCCUCUACGGUCCAGAGACCAAGGAGGAACAUAAGCAGGAGAUAGAGAAGGCACUUGAGAAGAAAAUGGAACACAAAUUGGAGGUGUUGCUCUACAAGAAAGGGGCUACAACUCCAUUUUGGUGUCUCUUGGACAUCGUUCCGAUUAAGAACGAAAAACACGAAAAUGUGUUGUUUCUUGUGUCAACUAAGGACAUCACGAAGUCGAAGACAGACGAGAUGGAAAUGGAUGAAGAUGGUGAUGAUAAUGAGAUAGAGAACCAUCUAGAUGUAGAGGGUUGUCUACCGAGUAAUCAUUACCAACGAAGACGGAGCAGAGCCGUGCUGUAUCAGUUAUCAGGGCACUACAAGCAAGAUAAAAUAAAAUCAAAACUCAAGCUUAAUAAUAAUCUCCUUCACCGACCUGCCGUGAUGCCCGAGUACAAAGCCGCUGCUAUUGAAAAAUCUCGUUUCAUCUUGUCUCAUUAUGGAUUGUUCAAAACCUGCUGGGAUUGGUUGAUUCUCAUAGGGACCUUCUACGUUGCGAUAGUCGUGCCGUACAGCGCCACUUUCCGGGAUACCGGCGGCGAGACUCCUUUGUUCAAUAAGACAAUCAUCACAGAUGUGAUUAUGGAGUCUAUUUUUAUCAUUGAUAUUGUCCUCAAUUUUCGUACCACGUAUGUAAACAAGAAAGGUGAAGUGGUAGCCAAUCCAUGUUCCAUUGCCAGAAAUUAUCUGAGAGGAUGGUUUAUUGUUGAUCUCCUUGCUGCCUUACCUUUUGAUCUCCUUUAUGCUUGUAACCUGUACAGUAGGAAUACCCUGAUGCAUCUUCUAAAACUGACUCGCCUCCUUCGCUUAGCCAGACUCUUGCAGAAGAUGGACCGAUAUUCACAGCACAGUACCAUCAUCCUUACGCUUCUCAUGCUAUUCUUCUCUCUGGUAGCGCACUGGAUGGCCUGCGUUUGGUAUGUCAUCGCGCUCGCAGAGAUAGAGGCAAACCCGUCUUCCUGGGAUGUCGGAUGGUUGAACCAGUUGGCUAACAAAUUGGGUCAUUCAGCUGUUAACCAGACAGACAUCACAACUGCGUAUAUUACGGCAUUAUAUUUUACUACAACUAGUUUAACGAGUGUUGGUUUUGGUAAUGUUGCCGCAAAUACUAACGCGGAGAAAGUUUUCUCGAUUCUUACUAUGUUAAUUGGAGCUUUGAUGCAUGCAGCUGUGUUUGGAAAUGUCACUGCUAUCAUACAAAGGAUGUAUGCACGUCGUUCUCAAUACCACACGAAACUUCGAGAUCUGAAGGACUUCUUCAGACUUCAUCAGAUCUCUAAGGAGCUAAAGCAAAGAAUGACUGAUUAUUUCCAAACAAUAUGGUCUCUUAAUCAUGGCAUAGACCCAAAUGAGAUCCUUCGAGAAUUUCCCGACGAGCUGAGAGGGGAUGCUUCGAUGCACCUCCACAGAGAGGUUCUGUCCCUCCCCAUCUUCGAGAACGCUCCUCAAGGCUGCCUCAAACUGCUCUCCCGACAUGUGAGGAGCAACUUUUGUGCACCUGGAGAGUAUCUAGUGCACACCGGUGAUGCUCUCACCAACAUCCACUUCGUCUGCAACGGCUCCAUGGAAGUGCUGCAAAACGGAAUGGUUGUGGCCAUAUUGGGAAAAGGUGAUCUGGUGGGAUGCGACAUCAAUAUUAAUGAUCCUGAUCAGGUCCUGAAAUCCUCCAGUGAUGUGAAAGCCCUUACCUAUUGUGAUCUGAAAUGUAUUCACAUACCGGGCUUAAUGGAGGUACUGAAGCUUUAUCCAGAGUUUGCUCAGACAUUUUGCAGCGACAUUCUGCAUGAUCUCACUUUCAAUCUCCGAGAAGGAUAUGAGAUGGAAGUUAGUAUACCAUUAGAAGCUCUGAUCGACAAUGGCGCGACAUCUCUGACUUUGCCAUCUAUUUCUGAAGACGAUGAAAACAAUGACAGUGACGGAACUAAUCCUGCGUCCCCAAUGUCACCCUGCCUGACAAUCAACAGGAAUAAAUACAAUGCAGGUGACGAAAACUGGGAAAGCAAGGUCCAUCAGUUCAGGAGAACAUUUCAAGGUCACCGUCCAACGGUCAGAUUUGAAAAACUUCGUCCCGCUGCGACUCAUCCUAACUUACAAAGCAGCCCGCCCCAAUGGUGGAUGGCUAGAUUUCGACAUAUGGAUGAAUUUAAUGCUCAAGGGAGAUCCUGGGACAUUUUUGACAUCCGAGACGAAAUAGAAAUAACUAAAAACUCCGUUGAAAGACUCGACUCUCAGAUGACAUCCUUGACUCAAGACGUUGCCAAUCUAAGCCAAGAGGUCCGGACUACUCUUGCUCUUCUACAACAGAAGUACGAGUGUACAGUGACAUUGCCCCAAACCUCCCAGUCCUGCGAGUCUCUCCCCAUCAGGAAACAUGCCAACAACCCUCUUCUUCCUAGGCGAGCCUCUUCCCAGCCUCUGAGACUUCCCAGUGGAGACCAGACCACCCAAGAGGAACUACCAACCCCGUCCAUGAUCGAUACGGAGGCCCAGACAGAUUUUUACCUGCUGGACGACAUUUUGUACAAAAGAUCGGAACGGUGUCCUCCAUUGCAGAGGAAUUCAGGGUGCUGUGCGUGUUCUCCUAGUGAGGAGAAGGUCACAUUGCUGGUGGGACACUCGACAACGGCAGGGUCGGUCGGCGAGGACGGGAACUACAAGCUGGACUUUGCCACCUCUCAGGGCUGUCGAUCAAAGGAAACUAGCCCUCGCGAAUCCACAAGAAUGGCAACUUUUUGGAGUUCAUCCACUUCUGACGCAUCUGUGCCUUCUUCACGAUUUAGAAAUUCGAUGAACGGUAGUCGCGAAAGCAAUGCGCGAAGUGACGUUCCUGAAGAAAUCGUGGUAGAUAUCGAUGGCUCUACGUCUCUCCGACGUAAGCUGUCGACAGAAUUAUAGUUUGCAUUGAUUAAAGUUAAUUCAUUUUAUUUCGCAGAUUACCCAUUAUGUCUUGCGCAAAUGUAAUAAAUUAUUCGCAAAUAAUUCACAUUAAACGUUCUCAUUUAUCAAAAAUGUAAUACACUGA